CCGCGAACACAGUUGUUCCCCAUCAAUCAUACACUGCAACAGAUUAUGGCGGUUGCAGAGGAGAUGAAACGAAAGUUCACGGCGAGUUUCCUUAAAGGAGAAGACUAUCCUAAGGAAGGAGAUUCGUCCGAACUUGCGAGGGCAAAGGCUGAGCUGGCCGCGCUGCAAAACAAGUUCAAGAAUAUAGGAUUUGUGUCCGGCCCAGUCACCUAUCCGGAACAGAUAGCCCCUAAACGACCAGCCUCGGGUGUAAUCACGAGUGUCCCUGUUCCUGCGAUGCCAACACUUGUAAUGACGGCACCCCCGCCACCGAUUGAGAACCCUGUAAGGUCAAAUGAGUCCAUUGCUAUUUUUGAACUGACCAAAACGUUAAUUAGCCUAAUCCAGGAAAGCAAAAAGGAACAGCGAGAGCAUAACGCUCGGCUAGAAGCUACGAUGAGGAACAUGCGGCCCAUCACAGUACGUGCCGCUCCAAUCCAACAAGGACUAGCCCCGACACCUGCUCUCGGAGAGGCCGCAAGCAAUCUGAAUGUUUGCUAUGCAUGUCAUCAACCAGGGCAUCUAGCCCGUGAUUGUCCCCACCGGCCCCCGCAACAACGGGUCGGGGUCGCACCAAUGGCAGCAGGCCCCAUCACUAACGGACCUGGACGAGUAGGAGCCCUGAUGGAGGAAAUGGAAGGUGGAGGAAGUGCGUUAGCUACCACGGAAGAGGUUGCUGAGCUCAUCCCGUUGGACCAAUAUGUGUCGCUUGGUUAUCCGGGGAUUGAGAUGAUUGGAACGAUCAGAUCGGCGCCGGAACAGAAAGAAGUGGCGGAGUGGCGACCUUCUUCAGGAGAGAUGGAGUCGGGAGGACCCACCUUCGUCACUGGGGAAAUCGAUGCUAAAAGCCCCACGCAAGACGAAAAUGCAGCUGGCACUUCGGAUCCGAUACGGGUAGGCUUAAUCCAGAAAGACGAUCAUUUCUUGCGGAUUAAACCCAUCCCUUGGAAAUCUGCGGAAUGCGACAUUGAAAUAUGGGGAAUUCCGUAUAAUGCAAUCAUUGAUUCGGGAGCUGCUGUUUUGGCUAUUUCGCUGCGAGUAGUUGAGAGGGCGGGUAGGAAAAACGAUCUAAUCAUGCUUGCAGAAAAGGAUCAACUCGUUUCGGCAGACGAAGAAAAGAUUAAGACAGUGGGAAGAAUGACCAACGUCGCUUUUCGACUAGGAAAGGUGCAUGCGCUAGGAGAUGUCGUGGUAUUAGAUGUAAACACCUACGACGUCCUUUUCGGCCCUCCCGCUCUUGUGGCAUUACGAGCAAACUUGGAUUUUGAGCGAUGGUCAAUCAUCCUCCGGAAUACGGGAGGAAAACCCUAUGUUGUACCUAUGAGGUUGACUCUUCGUACUACCAUCAACGCAGUCCCGCGAGUUUCUCCGAUGAUGGCGGGAACUCUUCACAUGAUCACCUGGGAAAACUCCGCAGACGAUGAGCCAUCAUCGAAGGAUGCAGAUAGCAGUGACGAAAAUGAUCCGGAAAUUCUGGAACUAGCACGACAGCGUAUUUAUUACCCGCCACCCAGAACGAUCACAAGAAUGAUGGAUCUAACCAGUCGGAAUAUACAAAGGACCAAAGCGAUGAUUUUGGGUGAACUCCUCGUACAGAUUCCGAGGAUGGUAGAUUCUUUGGAACCCCCUAGAACCCUGUACAAAGGAAUCUCCCCUCUCCUCGCCCGAUAUAAUGACAAAAAGCACUACUGUGAUAUCACAGAUCUCCCGAAGUCCCUGUUGACACCUGCAAAAGAAGUACGACUGCUACGUCUGGAAGCCGAUGCCAGUUCUUUGGAACCCCCUGAGCAUUUCGAGGUUGAAUCAGAUGAGCUCAGAAUUAAGAUCGCGACUAAAACCGUACCAUGGCAAGAUAUCUGCGAUGGAAUCACCCCGGAAGGACACGUGGCCAUCCGGGAGAAAGACGCCCAAAUGAUGGCCACGGUGUUCUCCUGGCGAUCGGACCAUUCGUUUAUCUAUGCGCCACCACCCGAUAUGGCAAAACAAGCGCACACAAACAAGUUUGAUAUUCGGCAUGGCUUCCAUCACAUUCUGGUUAAGGAGGAACAUCGGCCAAAGACGGCCUUCGUAUUGUUUGAAGGCACGUGGCAGUGGGUUCGAUGUCCAAUGGGAAUUUGUAACGCGCCUACCACGUUUCAACGAGCAAUGAACGUGACGUUCCAGAACUUUGUCAACAAGACAAGGCUGACUCAGGGAAUGAUCAACUUUUGUGUGAUCGUGUAUAUGGAUGAUAUCCUUGUCUACUCGAAGACCUAUCACGGACAUGAGCAACACAUCGAAUGGACGUUGGGAACGCUAAGGGAUGCUGGGUUCAAGAUUGCACUUGAGAAGAGCGAAUUUUUCCUUCCGGAAAUUUCGUCCUUAGGGGACGAAGACCAUCGCAAGUGGAGCGAGUACUUGGAGUGGCUGAUUAUCCAGGCCUGGAGAACGGACGUGGAAGGCGAUCUUCUCGGAUUCCUGUUCGGAUCGGUGCGGCCCAGUCAUCGCCAACCGAUCGUCCUGGAGCUUACGGUCCCACUCGCACAGCUAGCCGACGAUCUUCUCCUGGAGAUCGUCUCGCAAAGUGACGAGAGCCCGGUCCCGCACGUUCUCACGUGGACCUUGGCGCCGUAUCUUCAGUGGUCAGCGUGCCUGGAGGAGCUGGGAAACGACCACAACCCGCCAUCACAGCGGGAUUAUCUGAGCCCACAGGAGAUCAUCGAUCCUGCCUACUUCCGGGAUCGAACGACCACCGAGGACGAGGCGAUAGCAGCAGAAGAAGAAGAAGCAGAAGAAGAAGAAGCAGAAGAAGAAGAAGAGGAGGAGGGAGACGACGAGGAAGAAACUCCCGAAGAGGGGAGUUACAUCGAGCACAGCGAAGGGGAGCAAAGUGAGGAGGAAGAAGAAGAACAACAAGACGACGAAGAGGAGGAGCUAGAGUUGGAGGAGUCGGAGUGGGAGAUCUCAGCGGAGGAAGGAGAGCAAGCGGGCGCACAGGCGGAAAACCCUGAGGAGGCACGCAAGAGAGAAGAAAUUGCGGCCGAAAAACGACAGCUGGAAUUCGCCAGCGGAGCCAAUCAACAGGUCGCCGACGAUCCGGCCCGAGAUCCAGAGCCGCCCAAGCCCGAGGAUGGGGACCCAGCUGCUGAGACUUCGGCCGCACCGGCAAGGCGGCGACGAAGCCGAUCCCCCUCCCCCUCCGCCACCGACCGUCCACCAGUUCGAGCCCGUAUUGAUGUGGGGCAUCUGGCUUCGUCCCCGGUAGUUAUCCCGCCGUCCCCUUGACCAUCUCACCCUCCGUCAAGCUACUACCCACGUUGUCUUCCCCCGCAAUCCCUUCCCCUUCGACACCUUCCGCUUCUUCUAUGCCACCCGUCU